AAUUAAUACACCGUUCAGCAACUUCUAGAUCCACCAAAUUCAAAGUGCAGAUACUAGCUGGAGUGAAAUUCAAACGCAAAGGAAGAAGAGAGAGAAUUAGCGUACAUGCAGAUAGAAUAUAAAUCAAUGAGAAGAAUUGACUAGAACUGGCAACUAUAGCUACGCCACUGUCUGAAAAAGCAAUAGUCAUCACAAUCUACGACGCUUAGUGAACAGGUGCGCAUUGAGGAGCCAAGAUGCCGGUAAAGAUCAAUUGGCCCAUGUUGACGGCGACUGUCUGCCCUAACAUUGGCGGCUGGAUCGACAGCUACUUCGUUAAAAAAAAUAUGAGCUGGUACGAGACGCUGAAAAAGCCAAAGUACACCCCGCCGAAUUGGGUAUUCGGGCCCAUGUGGACCACCAUCUACUGUACAAUGGGCUACUCGUCGUACCUUGUAUGGCGAGAUGGGGGUGGCUUCGAGGGGGCGGCCGUACCGCUCAGCGUCUACGGCCUUAAUCUCGCCCUCAACUGGUCGUGGACGCCGCUAUUCUUCGAGACUCGUAACAUAAAAUUGGCUCUCUACGAAAUUGCGGCGUUGUGGAUCAGCACGGCGGCGGUUGGGGUCGUGUUCUUCCACGUUAAUCCCACUGCCGGCUAUCUCAUCAUUCCCUACGUCCUGUGGAACUCUUUCGCCGCGACAAUCAAUUACAUCAUCUAUCGGGAUAAUAAACAGCCUCCCGCUAUUGAGAAAGCCGAGGGAAAGAAGAACUAAGGAAAUUUAUA